CACGUGACUUGUGUUUGGCUUUUAGCUCUGGAAGAGGCGUCCCAGUGCCUCACCCUUCUACAGCCCAGCCUCCUCCCGCUCACAGACACCAGAAAGUCCAGAAAAGAAAAUGAGAGAAGAGGACGGUCCUCAGGGAUCUGGCUCUUCCGCUCCGCCGGUAAACAAGGAGUCCCAGGGAGAACAGAAUACAACCACAUGUAGGGAGCAGAACUCCUGGGAUUCUCCAGCAACACCCAGCAGCUCCCAGCCAUGCAGAUGCAAGUUUCCCCUGGUGCCCUCCAGGCGAGGGAUCCCACUGAUCUUGCCUCCAGCUCCCUGGAUCAGCCGCUCGAUCAUGCUCAAAGAGUAUUUCCAGGAGAAGCAAGCUCAGUCACAGUGGCUGAAGAGGAUCUUCGAGGAUAAGACUGCCACCACCUCGGACUUUGAAGCUAUGACCCAGACCACCAGCAGCAGUGUCAGCACAACCUCAUCACAAUUCACAUCCGUGUUGUAAGCAGGCCCCGGUAGGAGCGGGGAUAUUGGGAUGAGCGUGUCAGCCCCCCACAGCAGCUCCACCACUGGGGCAUUCGACUUUGUGGCAGCACGGAGUGCGAGAACUGGUGGCAUGGCCCAUUUCUGGGGAUGCUUGAGUCAGAACUCCCUUGGUGCAACUGGCCACAGCACACUGUUUGGCUUCUACGUGGCCAGCACAGCUCAGAACACGUCUGUGCUUGCAGCCAUCACCUCGGGCUUUGGAGCCGUGACCCUGACCACCGGCUGCAGGACCAAUACAUCAGUGUUUGGCAACACCAUCUCAUCGCCCUUCACAUCCAGGGUGUCAGCAGGCCCCACUGGCAGUGGGGGCUUUGGGAGGAGCAUGGCUGCCCCCAACUGCAGCUCCACCAGUGGGGCAUUCGGUGCUGGGUCAGGUCGGAGUGGGAGAACUGGUCUCAAGAACCCUUUCUGGGGAGCGUUGAAUCCAAACUCCCUGGCUGCAGCUGGCCAGAGCACACCCUCUACCUUCCACCUGGCCAGCACACCUCAGGACACGUCC